AUGCCUCCGAGCAAAACCGACAAGAUACUCGUUUCGCACUGUAAACUCAACACGUGGGUGAAAGUCGAAUCCGGCGAGACGCAGAAAUGGUUUGGACGGAUCAUGGAAAUCCACGCGAAGAAAAACAGCGUCGGCGUGCAGUGGCUGAAAUCUAUCGACGAGGACGAUUUGUACGCCUGGGACGGGACUUCGCACGUGAUUCACGUGGAGACUUUGUUAGAAGUCAAUCCGGAUUUGUUUCACCGAAGUUCGCGGGCGAUAAGCGCGAAGAAGAAGAAGAACAACAACAAGAAGAGGGACUUGUUUUGUUUGAUCGAGACGUGUCGAGGACGGUGUAAGGAUAUUAAGUUUGCAAAUCCGGCGAAGGUUAUCGGCGACGCGAUGAAGAACGGCGGUAAAAGUAAGGACGUGAAAAGAGAGAGAGAUUCUGUGGACGACGAUGUUGAGGCUGAGGCGAAGAGGAAAGAUAUCGGUAAAGCGGGUAAAAAGGUACGAGUGAAGAGAGAAGAGAUUGGAGGAGGAGAGAUCGAGAAAGAAGAAGAGAAACCGUUGACGGAGGAAGAGUUGGCGAGAAGAAUGCACUCAAAAAUGAACGCGAGUCCUCGAUUGGGCACGUGGACGAACGAAGAAAUCACCAACAGAGAGAACAAAAAUUUAGCAGCGGCGGCAGGAGCGGGAGCGACGCGACAACAACAACAAAAACAGCCCGCAGAGCAGCAGGAAAGGCGCGUGCCGCGACAACCGCUCCCUCGAACGAGAGCGCCGCCAAACAAGAGCACGAAUAGCGACGACGAGACCAAGCACCAGCAAAUCAUCGAUUGGUCCAAUAACGUUACCGGCGAAACCCUUUGCGAAGAAGUGCCGGUGCCGUUCAAUUACAUCACCAACCGAUUCAUGCGCUCCUCGGACGAUAAAAUCAUUGAAGAGGAACGAUACUUUGCAAAGUGUUCGUGCAACCGUUUGGCAACGAUUUUCACGAGCAACGAAGACGAUCCGGUCACGGAAGUCGACGUUCACGAUUUCAACAAAGGCGUGUGCCCGACCAAAGGCAUCGACUGCGGAUCGGUUUCGUUCAAAUUCCACGUCUUCAAAUGCCCCGACGAGCGAGUCGGGUUCGGCAUCCGCGCGACGCAAGACAUUUCUCGCGGUUCAUUCAUAUGCGAAUACAUCGGCGAGAUCAUCACGCGAGAUCAAGCGCAAGCGCGAGAGGUUCUGUACAACAAGCAAGGGUUUUACUAUUUACACGACAUCACCGGCCAGGUGUACGCGAAGCGAUACUCCAUCGACCCGACGCACAGCGGCAACCUUGGUCGAUUCUUCAACCACUCCUGCCGACCAAACUGCACCACCUUGGAGUUACCGAACAACGCGCAAAAGAACAAAAAAUACGCCUCCCCUUCGGACUGCCCGACCGAAAAAGAACGUUUGAUUGAAACCAUGAAAUACAUGCCUCGCCUCGCGUUCUUCGCCUGUAAAGACGUGAAAAAAGGCGAACAAUUAACCAUCGAUUACUCCCCAGGAAGAGACGGCGAAGAGGACGGACAGGCGUUGAGGCAAACCGUCGAGUGUCGCUGCGGGGAAGACGUCUGCAAAGGUUGGUUGUUUUAA